AGUGAGGGGAAAUUUUCACGAAGUCUUUUGUUUUGACUUGACGAUUGAUUGAGCGAAAAAUCAAUAACAUUGCAAUAAAUCCUGCGAAAAACCGUGAUUUUGCAAUCAUGUGCACGAGAAUAGUGAGUCACGCAGUGUGUGGUGAAGUCUCUUUGUGAAAUAGGUGAAAUAAUUGCGUGUGUGCGUGUGCGAAAAAAGGGUGAAAAUAUUCGGUGCGCAAUUUCCUUUUUUUUCUCUUCCGGAAAAAGGAAGGAAGGAAGAACAACUUCCUUUCUCAAGGUUUUUCGAGGCAUUUUCCACGCUUUGCUGGGCUGUUUUGGUGAAAUCUGCGUGAGUUAGUUUGCCCACAAAAGAAUGCACAGUGGCCAGAGCACAAAGGAAAAUGAGGGCAGUAGGGGGGCUGUGGUGGAGGCAAUGGUGGGGGUGGAGUGUGAAGGAAGGAUGCUCGAAUGCUUGACAGGAAUCACCCAGCAUCCGGAGAAUGUGAAGAAGAGCGAAUCCACGGCAAUGACGAGUAGUAUUGCGAGUAUUUUGGACGACACCACGCCCAGUGACUCAGGUGUGCACCUGCUGGACUCGGAAUCCAGUGAACUCAAUGAAUCAAUAAUGUCCAGCAGUGGAUUUGACUUUGACGGUGCCACGGGGGAGGGGAAAAUCACCGGGCAGACAAUUUCGGAGGAGGAACCACCAGCUGGUGGGCAGGAAGAGCGUGUUGUCACUGGAAUGUCCCGGAGUGACAUUGAAAAUUCAAAUGUCGUCGAAGGGAAUCGUGAGGAAGCUCCUUCUGGGGCUAUGAAUCCAAUUCCCGAUGAAAUGGUUUCCAGUACUUGCUCCACAUUUGACACGGAGGCCAUUGUCUAUCGGCGAAGGGUGAAAAAGGGCAAAUCCGGUAGUCAGGGAGCCCCGAAGAAGCGAGUUUCUUUUCACGAGGAUAUCCUGAAGAAUACAAAAACUGACAAUAUUCACAUUGAACAUGGAUUCAUCACAUACAAAGGUUCUGCAGCAAAGAAAACUCCCCACGUGAGUCGAUAUUCGUGGUGCUCUGAAGGGGAUGGAGAUGAUCUCAAUGAGAAUAGCCAAUAUGUCUACCGGAAUGCCUGCUCUGACGUUCUGGAUUACGGGAAGACGGAUAUUUAUGAGAAUCCAGCAGGAAAUUACAUUCCGUACGAUAAUUCGGGAAUCUUCGAGUAUGGCCCACAGUAUAGGGAUCGUGGGGAUCUCUACAGAUGCCAUUGCUCAGACUCAAACUCCAGCCUUGAAUCCAAUGAGGCUGAUGAGCAGAAUUCCAAUCAGCGUAGGAGCUACCAGCAGGCUAAGUCAAGCUCUUGCGAUUGCAUUGGUGGUGGGCAGAACAACAAUGGACCGAUAAUUACGGAGAAUUGUUACUUUUCAGAGCCAAAUAUGGGCACAAUGAAUGAACCGAAAUCCGUGUGGAAUAAGGAGCGUAAACCCAAGAGUAGCUGCCUGAAGAAGUCCACAAAACACACGGAUAUCAUCCAGGAGUACGAUUUGAAUGGGAAAAUGAAGAAAUUCAACGUUCAUCACAUUCCGGAUGUGAAUAAUUUCAUUGACAGCAAAACCAUCUUUGGGAGUCUCAAGAAUAUUUUCAGUAUGCCCCUGCCUGAGAGGGGUGUUCCCGAAGGGUCUGAAGAUCUCCAAUCGGUGUGCGAAUGCAUCCCUGAGGGGGAUAGUCGCCCUGAAUCCCCAGUGCGUCCUCGUCCGUUCCUCUCAAAGAGCCUCGAUGGAGGUCUCACGAAGAAGCAACCUGCAAAGUACAUUCACAACGUCGAUGAGCAGCUACGCAGGAAGAAUGAUGCAGAUCUCUAUGCACCAGCUCCUGGGGAGAGUCGCAAGAAUAGCACUGAUAUCCUGGCCAGUGAAAUCUCCAACACAAUCACCGAAAAUACUCAAUCAACAGCUUAUAGAAAUAAAUUCAUCAUAAACUGCGAGAGUACGGUAUUUGAGCACACAGGAGUGUCCUAUGAGGCACAGGAUGGGGAUAAAGUAGUUCCCUUGCAGAAGGAUGUGGAGGCAGAGACAACAUCCUUUCUGGCUGUUCCAUUCACAAGGAAAUUGAGUAGUAUCUUCAGGGGAUUCAAGGAGAGCCCACCAAAGCCCGGAGAUGUGAAAUCCCCCACAGAGGAGGCAAAGUUCACCCUCCUGGGAGCAACAGCUGAUGAGAAUACCCCGAAAAAGCCACCCCUUCCGGCAGAUGCAGCAAAGAAGAGCGACAAGGGGAGGAAUCAGGUGAAGAAUAUCAUGGAAUGCAGCAUUACGUCAAAUUCCAGCGAUAGAAACUCCACAAUAUCCGACAUUACGAGUCUCACGUCCAGCACAGCAGCCACAAGUGAUCGUCAACUCGAUGGAUUUGCCAAAAUCUUCGGAGAUACCUCCCCGCAAAACUCCCGGCAUCUGGCAUCACCUGUGAGGAAGAAAUCCUUGACAACAAGACCACCGGAGAGGGCAAGAAUGAGUCCGGAUCUCUUCAAUUCAGGGCGUGAAUCCAAAAAUACCAUCUUAUCGGAUGAAUUUGAUGAUAUCCUCACAAUAACCACCGAUGCAAGUGAUAGGAAUGACAGUGACAUGGUCAUUGUGGACUACCCAGAUGUAACAAUCCCUGAUCGUCCGGAACUGAGUGAUUUCUUCAAGCCAGCCACAUCCAAGACAUCACUCAUUAAUCGCUUCCUGCGUCAUGUGACACAGAAGAAAAUUCUCGAUGCCACCAUCAAGAGGAAUCAAUUUUUCUUGUCCAAGAUGAGUGCUGAGAAGAAGGUUUGCAAGAAUCUCUACGUGAAGGGUGUUAAGCCGCGCAAUCAGGAGCUAAUUGCUGAUCUCAAUGCGGAGAUUGCGCUUGAAAUUGAAAUGUCUGGCUACCGUCAGGGACGUCGGGAGCGCUGUGAACUCUCCCGGCUGCACAUGGAUGUUGGAGUUGGGGAGAUUUCCGUUGAGAUCUUCAAUGGGAAUUGUUUGCACAUCCUCCGGCAUGAAUCUGAGAUUCUCAUGAAGGUCUUUAAACUCUACACUGGCUACAAUCGUGAUGGCCACAUGACACCGGUGCUUGUUUUCCUCACGGAUAAGACACUCUAUGUGACGGAUUUAGUGAGGAAUCGUCUGUGCAAUAAAUUUGUUCUUCCCUAUUCAGAGUUGGAUGUUAUUCUGAUGGGACCCUAUGGGAAUACGGUGCUCCUGUGCAAUGGUGCAAGAGACAUGCAGCAGGUUCUCCUAGCUGGUGGCCCUUACCCAGCUGAUGGACUUGUUUCAAGUCUGGAGAUUUGUGCACGUCGUGGUGGAUCUAUUCUUCCGGCCGUUGGGCAACUAACUCUGGAUCAUUUGGCACCCCUUCAGGCAUUUGUCCGUGACAACUCAUCCAUCCCCAAGGGAGACGCCUGGGAGUACUAUGGCGUAGUGAAUAUCCCCGCCAUGGGGUUGAGUGUGGAGAAGGAACCUCUUGGGCCGUACGUCAAGGGUCCACUGAUGCAUAGAAAUUUAGCAUCUAAUGGCACAGCUCAGCCAUGGUAUGCCAGCUACUUCCUCCUCAAAGCUGGGGUGCUCUACAUGUUUUCCGAUGCAGCCCUGAAGAUCCCAUCGUGGGCUAUUGCCCUGACUGAGUGUCAAGGCGCCAGGAGGGCUGUUAACACAACACGCCCACAUUGUUUUGAAGUGAUGCUGCGCACUGGAACACUCCAGCUUGCAGCUCCGGAUGAAUACGUGGCGUCUGAGUGGCUUCAAGCGCUUGUUCAGUCCGCGAGUGGAUUGUUUGAGAUGCAGGAUAAGCAUUCAACACUCGGGUGCACGUUGAUCAUGACACAGAAUCAUCUUAUAACACUCCGGGAGGAUUUUGCAGCACCCCUAAGGCGCGUGAAUGCAGCCACAGCAUGCCCCAAGUCUCCAUCUAAAGAGAAUCUCGAUCCAAAUGGACGGAAUGUGUCUCCGUAUGAGUCAUCAAGUGAAUUUAGUUCGACGCUGAGUACACCGACCAAGUGUGGGGAUCGUAGAUCGAGCACAUCAGCUCGUAGUACUCCCAUAAGGACCCUCGCGAAGGCUUCAGGGCAACUUUUGAGCCCUCAAAGAGCAGCAGCAGCAGCAGCUGGGUGUGAGAAGAGCUACUCAAGCAUGAGUAGCUUCUACGGGAAGAAUUCCGGUGUGGAGAUCCUCACGUGUGCAGCUAUUGAUGAGAUGGUUACCCUGAAGAUUCCUCUUGCAUCCAACAACUGGUGGUGCGUCUUGGAAUUCUCUUGUCAGGAAGUGCGUGAAAAUUCCGAUGAUUUGGUCAUUUUCUUCGCCACAAAUUCCGAAAUGCGUCGCUUCCUGUCGAUGCUGGAACGAAUGUGGCAGGCAAAGAAGGAAGAACAAUUCCCAGUGGUACUCAUUUCCGACGAGGAUCCCAUUGGGCAGCACUGCACACGUCUCUUUGGGGACAUUAACAAAUCCUGGGAGCCUCUUCUCUCAGCAGCUCUUGGGUAUCCCCAGUAGAAAAAUUCCCAAAGCCUUUUAUUUUUCUUUUAAUUUUAGCCAAAUUUCGCUUUUGCGAUUUUUUUUGAGAGCCAUUUUUAAUGUGCAAGUGAUGUUUUAUUGUUAAUUUUAUUUUUAGUUUUAAGUUUUACCGUGAUUGUGAUAUUUUUUCCCGCAUAAAUGGAUUUUAUUUUGCCAACGAUGAGGAAGGAUGAGUCCUCCUUUCGCCAGUAAGAUGUUCCUUUCUGCUUUCUGUGACACUCUAGAGGCACGUUUAAUGUGAGUAAGAAUAAAAGAAAAAGAAACUAAAGAAUCUCUCUAGUCCUGACAAUAUUUCCCUAAAAAAAUUCUCAUUCUAAAACAAGAACAAUUUAUUGGGAUUUAGCAUAAAUUUGAUUUUUUUGUGAAAGCAGAAGGCACAAUAUUUAAUCACAAAAAGAAAGAAAGUAGAUGAUGAAGAAGAUUUUAAAUGUUACCCGAUCCAAAAAGAAAAA